AAAAAAAGAAAACUUGACUUCAUCGUCACUUCAUCGUGUUUGACUUGGUAAAAAAAAACAACUAAACUGUUGGAGCGUCCAGCUGAGGAGACGUUACAGAGAAGGAGGCGACAGCAGGGAGGUGUUCUGCGACAUUAUCAGUUCCUCACAGGCGUCUCUGUUUAUGUAGCUUUUAUGCACAUCUCUCCCAUCAGAACUGAGGUCUUUCGCUGUGUGAAAGACUCCAACAUGUUUGCCUUCACCUCUUUGGUUAUUCUGGGCAUGUGCUGCUGCACCAAAGCAAACAGUGAGAUUUUUCUGGACCGUCCACAACUUCAUAUACCCUCCGAGGUUUUGGUGAAACAAGUCGUUGACUUUUUGUGUGAAUAUCCAAACCAACAUAAUCAGUCAGUCUUGCUGAAAUUAUUCAAGGUGGGCAACCGUAAAGAUGUGAUGGGUGAAUACACCCUGCCAGCUGAAGAGAAUUUUGGCAUUUUUCCCAAACUUAUCAGACUUUCACACGAGGGAUACUUUGAGUGUGAGGCCAGCAUACAAAACAACACUGAAAUAAAUGCCACUGUCAGUCUGAUCCACUACCUGAGGGUGAUCGAACCAGUAACUGGAGCAACGAUUGUCCACUCUGGUCCAAAGGAGUUCUUUGAGGGAAAAGACCUGGAGAUGCAAUGCAACGUUACAGUUGGAAAUCAUGUGUCCUACAAGUGGCUGCUCAAUGGACGGGUCAUCUCACCAUCUCCUUUCUACCAGAUUUCAGAAAACAAUCUAAUGAUCUACAGAGCCACAUCUGAAGCCAGCGGCUCCUAUGUGUGUGUGGCUACAAACAUCUUCAAUGAAACAAAGGUCUUCAUCUCCAACAGCUCUGAUGUUUUGAUCACAGUGAAAGCCUUGGUGUCAAAGCCCGACAUCUCGUUCGCUGUGUUGAAGGAGGAUUACCAAAAUUACUCUGCUAUUAUCACCUGUCAGUCAGAAAGAGGAGCUCUGCCUAUAACCUUUUCACUCUACAACGGCACAGAACUGCUCAGCAAUGUGACAGCUAAAGAGAAACAUGCAACUUUUAAGGUUCCAAUCAUCCUGGACCAGGACCUGGGGUUGCUCCAGUGCCAUGCAAACAAUGGGGACAGAACUACAUACAGUCACUCGUUGCCCUUAAAAGUUGUCCAGGUUGGUGGGCCUGUGACGAUUGAUUCCAAGUACGACAUGGCAGAAAACUAUGCUGUCAUUGGACUCAAGUUUUACUGUAAGGCAGCGAAAGGAUCUCAUCCCCGUUUCCAGUGGUUUCUCAACGAAACGCUUCUAAAGGACAGAGGAAGCUUUUAUUAUGUGUUCGACCGGCUGCCGACCGAAUCCAUCCUCCUGCUGUCUGUGGGAAGGAGCAGCACGGGAAUGUACCGUUGUGAAGUGUCAGACAGCUUCGACAACACCACUGCCAUAAGCAGUAGGACGCACUAUUUGAAUAAAAACGUGCUGAACCGCCUGCCUGUCUUUGUGGUGGCAGUUGUCUUUGGAUGUUUUACAUUCCUGAUUCUCUUGGUGUCGUCUUGUUGCUUGUUUGGGCUGAUUUUCAGACCAAAACAAUUUGAAGAGAAGCCUUUGUUGAUUCUAGAAAUGAACAAACCAAUUGCUCCUGAGGAGUUGUCAAUAAAUACUGAGGACCCUGAUGAGCUGACAGCACCAAGAGAGGAUGAGUUCUAUCAGGAAUCUGAAGCCUCUGUGGACGAGUGGCCUGAACUUGAGCAGGAGUUCAGGAAGACGUUGGAGGAUGAAGAAGUUGAAGUUUAAGGAUCAGUUAAAAUAAUCUUACUAUAAACAAACACACAAACCUGUGCUGUCUUUCAGGUGAAUGUUUGGUAAAAAAAAAAAUCAAAAAGAAAAAAA